GACGUUAAUUUAGACUUCCGAAAACAACAUGCAGUCUUGCGGCUAGGAUAAAUUUGGACGUCGAUCUAAAUUUAAAGCAGUUUAAAAUAAAAGAAUAAAUUACUUUAAAUCUAAUCCAUCUGAUAAUAAUCGUACGGCUAGAUCAGUUCGUAAUGUAAAACACAAAACUACAUGCAAUCCAAAUCCCAUAUAACCACUUUCGGUUACUUGCAAAAAGGGGCCAACGUAUUGCCUUCGUAUGUUUGUUUUGUUUACUCAAAAGUUCUCUUUAUUUGCGGUUGUUGAUGGCGGAGGAGCAUCACCGGAAAACCACACUUGACGGUGGUAGUUGGUUAGCAGCCAGGUCUACUGAGGUCAAAUUCACCGGAACUCAGCUCACUACUACUCAUCCUCCUACUUCCUCCACUUCCCCAUGGAUCCAAGCCGUCGUUCCCGGAACUGUUCUAGCUACCUUGGUGAAGAACAAAGUCGUUCCAGAUCCUUUCUAUGGACUUCAAAACGAAGCUAUCAUCGACAUUGCUGAUUCUGGAAGAGAAUUUUACACUUUCUGGUUUUUCACAACUUUUCACUGCAACCUUUCAACUAAUCAAUACUGUGAUCUGAACUUUCGAGGAAUCAAUUACUCUGCUGAUGUGUAUUUAAAUGGCCACAAAACCGUUCUUCCAAAAGGAAUGUUUCGAAGGCACUCUAUUGAUGUCACUGAUAUUCUUCAUCCUGAUGGUAAUAACCUGCUUGCUGUUCUUGUUCAUCCUCCGGAUCAUCCUGGGACGAUUCCUCCUGAAGGGGGGCAAGGCGGUGAUCACGAGAUAGGAAAGGAUGUAACCACACAAUAUGUUGAAGGUUGGGACUGGAUGACUCCUAUAAGAGAUAGGAAUACUGGAAUAUGGGAUGAGGUUUCCAUUUCCGUUACCGGGCCUGUAAAAAUAAUUGAUCCCCACUUGGUUUCAUCAUUCUUCGACAAUUAUGAGAGAGCAUAUUUACAUACAACAACUGAAUUGGAAAACAGGAGCUCCUGGACCGCUGAGUGUUCUUUGACUGUCCAAGUUACAAUGGAACUCGAAGAUAGCAUUUGCUUGGUAGAGCAUCUUCAAACUCGAAACCUCUCAAUUCCUGCAAAAUCACGGGUGCAAUAUACAUUUCCUGAGCUUUUCUUCUACAAGCCCAAUUUAUGGUGGCCCAAUGGAAUGGGAAAGCAAUCUCUGUACAACGUUGUCAUUAGCAUUGAUGUUAAAGAAUUUGGCGAGUCUGAUUCAUGGAGCCAUCUCUUUGGAUUCCGAAAAAUCGAGAGCCAUAUUGAUGAUGCUACUGGUGGAAGGCUAUUUAAAGUCAAUGGAGAACCAGUUUUUAUUCGUGGGGGUAACUGGAUAUUGUCUGAUGGGUUACUGCGGCUUUCAAAGAAGCGGUAUAAUACAGAUAUCAAAUUUCAUGCAGAUAUGAAUUUUAACAUGAUAAGAUGCUGGGGUGGUGGACUGGCAGAAAGGCCAGAGUUUUAUCAUUAUUGUGAUUAUUAUGGCAUUUUGGUAUGGCAAGAGUUCUGGAUUACAGGGGAUGUUGAUGGACGUGGAGUUCCAAUAUCUAAUCCAAAAGGUCCGCUGGAUCACGAUCUUUUCUUGUUUUGUGCAAGAGACACAGUCAAGCUUCUUCGAAAUCAUCCUAGUCUUGCCCUGUGGGUGGGUGGAAAUGAACAAACUCCGCCGGAUGAUAUAAAUGCUGCUCUGAAAAUUGAUUUGAGGCUUCAUCCUGAUUUUGAAAGUGUAGAUGAAAAUACUAAAUCUAUGGGAGACUUGUCCCUGGUGUUGAGGGACCCUAGCCCGAAGGAUCCUAGCCAAUACCUCGAUGGUACACGCAUUUACAUACAGGGUUCAAUGUGGGAUGGAUUUGCUGAUGGAAUGGGGAACUUCACUGAUGGUCCUUAUGAAAUUCAAAAUCCUGAACACUUCUUCAAGGAUAACUUUUACAAUUAUGGAUUCAAUCCAGAGGUUGGUUCUGUGGGAAUGCCAGUUGCAUCAACCAUAAGAGCAACAAUGCCAUCAGAAGGAUGGCAAAUACCGGUGUUUAAGAAACUUUCCAAUGGUUAUGUAGAAGAAGUUCCAAAUCCCAUAUGGGAAUAUCAUAAAUACAUUCCUUAUUCAAAACCAAACAAGGUUCAUGAUCAGAUUCAACUUUAUGGUAAUGUAAAAGAUCUUGAUGAUUUUUGUUUGAAAGCACAGCUUGUUAACUACAUACAAUAUAGAGCUCUUCUGGAGGGAUGGACUUCUCGUAUGUGGAGUAAAUAUACAGGUGUAUUGAUAUGGAAGACACAAAAUCCUUGGACUGGUCUGAGAGGUCAAUUUUAUGAUCAUCUACUUGACCAAACAGCUGGUUUUUAUGGUUGUCGAUGUGCUGCAGAACCAAUUCACGUACAACUUAAUCUGGCUACAUAUUUUAUAGAGGUUGUUAAUACUAGCUCAGAAGAAUUGUCUAAUGUAGCUAUUGAAGCUUCAGUGUGGGAUCUCGAAGGAACAUGUCCAUACUACGAAGUUCAUGAAAAUCUCUCUUUGCUACCAAAAAAGGUUGCACCUAUUGUUGAGAUGAAAUAUCCGAAGUCAAAAACUCCAAAGCCAGUGUACUUUCUUCUUCUCAAACUCUAUAACAUGGCAGAUCAUACAAUUAUAUCCAGAAACUUUUAUUGGUUGCAUCUUUCUGGUGAAGACUACAAGUUAUUGGAGCCAUAUAGGAAGAAGAAAAUACCUCUCAAGAUAACAUCGAAGGUUUCGGUUGAUGAGUCCACUUAUAAUAUUCAAGUGAAUGUGACAAACACAUCUGAAAGCCCACAAGACUCUAAAAUUCCAACACUUGAUUACAGUUCAACUUCAACGGCUAAUGCACAUGGGGCAGAAAAAGAACAUGAAACUGGUUGGUUCAAGAGGAUACAUAAAUGUUUUGCUGGGAAAAGUGAUGGUUUGAAAGAUUCUGAAAUAAAUGGGGAUGGUGUUGGUGUUGCUUUCUUUCUCCAUCUCUCUGUCCAUGCUUCAAAGACAGACUAUAAGGAGGGGGAAGACACGAGAAUUCUUCCGGUUCAUUACUCGGAUAACUAUUUUUCGCUAGUCCCAGGAGAGAGCAUGGCUGUUGAUAUAUCUUUUGAGAUCCCUCAGGGUGUCACUCCUAGAGUCAGUCUUGAUGGCUGGAAUUAUGAUGGAAGACAAACCAUUCUUGAAAUUGUAUGACAAUGACAAUUGCAUACUACAACCUUGUAAAAUGACUAAGUCUUGUGUAUGCUUAUGAUUUGUUUUCUUCCUGUACUUUAAGGCUAAUGUACACUUGCAACAUUUGAAGAUUAAUCCUGGUAAUUGUAUAUUUGUAUGUUGAAA